UUUACUACGAGUAUAAAUAGGGCCAAACUGUCGUUUGGUUUCAGUUGCAUACAUACGCUCAUUCGUCUGUAUGAUGCUUGUCAUUUCCUCAUAUUGUAUGUUACAUGAUCGUACAAGUCCACGCCGGGUAUGCGAAUACUUCGUUGACGGAUGGCACUUCACUAACAGAGAACAACAAACGCCACGCGCGAGAGUUACCCGUACAGGCCAAGACAGCCUGUCUGGAGACCUGUCCCAAACUGGACUGCUCCCUCUAGCUACAGAUCUAACCCCUUUAAGUGGGUCCUGCCGAGCCUAAGGUCCCGCUCUGACCAGUACAAGGCUGAUCUUCAGCCUGUCAGGUCUGAGCCAAGACCAGGGCCUGGUUAUUCCGCCACUUACAGUGGUAGGCCUGCAGAUAGAGCCAGUCCAAUAGAGAGAUACAGGUUAGCUGACCCGGCACCCCUUCAGCAGGCAGACAGAUCUGAGAGGUCUAGUGAGUCUUGUAGAUACAGAGAGAGAUCCCAAGCCUUAAGGUCCAAGGAUCAAUCUCCUCCACCCAAGAGAUUCAGGGGAGACUUCAUUGUGCUGGUUGAGCACAUCAGUGAAAGUGAUACCUCCCUGGCAACCAGCUCUGGCAGUGGAUAAUCUCUAGCAAUCAGCUGUGGCACUGGGGGUAACACAUCACUGAGUAAGAUUUUCCUCAAGCAGUAGCACUGUCCUGUACAGCACAGGAAGUGAAUCAUCUCUAGAUUAUGAAAGUGACUGCAGUGUGGCUGAACCAGCUGUGGAGGCAGGGGGCCAUGAGCCCAAAGAGACACCAGAUCUGUGGGGAACUCAGUCUUGAACAGGUAACCCUGAGCCUCAUCAAGAAGCCCCAGCCUGUUUCCAUGGUUACAGCUGACAGACUGUCCAGUCCAGUGGCCACUCCCAAACCAAGUUUCUGUGGUCAAGUGAAACCUUCACAGUUGGAGAACCAUGUCCCAGCUGGACUGCCAGAGCUUUGGGGAUGCUAUGUGAGUGCUGCAAUGCAGAGGCAGAUGGACCAGUGGGAGAGAGAGGCUAGUAGUAGUCAGAUUCCUUUGACAAAACCUGGGUCUGCAUCUAAUCCAUUGAUGCAGUCCAGUGUGGUUGCUAAGCAGCAAGUCCAUUGGUGUGCCCCCAAGCACUGCCUCCAGUCUAGUGUGGUUGAUAGACCAGUUGUCAUGCCAACCCAGCCUGCACUGCAGUCAUCUGUGAGUGCCUGGACCACCCCUGUCCAGAGGAUUAUACCUGGCCCUUCACCGGUUGCCAGAUGGGGCCCCAGCUCUUACCCACAACCCUCUGGAAGGUGUACGGUUGCUAGGAAAUGGCCACUGGAGGAAAAUGAGAAUGAGGCUGCUCCAGCAGCCAAGAUUCACAUUAACAAGAACCACCCAAGGUUCAGACACUUGUUCCAGUAAACAAGUAUGGGUGGAGGAUAAGUAUGGUUUUUAUUAUUUACAAAAAAAGAAAAAUGAAGCACAUGCUUCACCAAAAAAAGUACAAAAAAUAUAUAUGAAGCAACGCUUCGCCAAAAAAAGUAAAAAAAACACAAAAAUACAAAAAAAAAGAUGUAGUGUAGGUUUUGUAGUGUAGUUAUGUAGUUAUCCUAUAAAAACUGUAUUGUAAAGUAGUUUACUGUUUGUUUCAUGUUCCUUCUUUGUUCAACCAUGCACAGCAUGUUCAUGGUUAGCUAUUGGGAUACCGUGAUUUCUGUAUGUGGUUGCAUCAAUGUAUCUGUAGAUUGUUUUCCGUCUUUUUCUCAUAAACCUCCAAAUUUGAUAGAAAUUCAGAGAUAUGUUGCUCAGGUGGGAAAUUUUCAAUGAGUUCCAAUCAAGUGCCUAUUAUGGUUACCAGAGCACCAAUAGAUACAACAUUUAAAGAAACAAAUCUCCCCUGUAACUACUAGCUUGAUUUUUAUUAAGAUAUUGUUAUGAUAUUUUGUAUGUUGUAUGCUGGUAUCUUACAUGCAGACCGGGAUUAGCAUUUCCUUUGGGACCAUUUGGAUUCAGGUCAAAGUCACUGUUACUUAAAAUAAAAAAAUAAGUUUUCUGCUUUAGUUUGUAUGGAAGAACAAGGCAGAAAAUUUAUAUGUAGCUUACAUGUAGACCAUGUUUGGGAUUGAACAAUUUUUUAAUUAAAUUUAAAUAUUGAAAACGUGGUUUUGUGUCAUUGCCAUGUUUCUUGUUAAUAUAGACUAUUGGCACUCUCACAUUCGUCCAACCAGAGCUUUGUUGCUCAGUAUUUUUCAUCAGGUGGUAGUCCUCUAUAAAGUUUGUUGAAAUCAUGCAGAUUGGUCGAAAACUGGCACACAUUUGCACACAGGGGUCACAUUUGCACACAGGGGUCACAAACUGGCAAUGCACCAGGGGUCACAUUUGUGUCACAUGACUGUCGCUAAGUCUAUUACUAGCAACCUAUCAGAGAAUAGGUCAGAUACCUUAUCUCAAUAUAUGGCAAUCCUAGUAUUUUUCAAAAACAAACAUGACAGGUAACCAAUGUCAGAUGGAAAAAGUAAAGGAAAGUUAGGUCAAGCUAAUUGUUUGUCAUGAUUUCUCUUUAAACCUCACGCCAUAUGCAAGUAGUGUUGCCAUGAUCGCAACAUCUUGAUGAAUUAUAAUUCAAUUUUUUGUCUCAUAAACAUUUACUUUGUUUAACAAACAACCUCUACAAUGUUAUCAUUCCUACUGCCUUUCGGCACCUCAUGAACCUGAAAAACUCGUAACUUUAUGUUUCCUCAGGCAAAUAUCUUCUUUGUACAAUAAACAAUUUCUUCACCACGUUAACAAUCCUGCUACACUCACUAAUGCCUCAAGAAUAAAGUAAAGUUCAGGUGAUCUACGUCAUUAGGUAUUUUGCAUAUGUCAUGAACUAUAUAAGUAACAGAAACUUUGAAACCUACAAACACUUUUUGGAAUUUGGAAAAAGAUUCAUGAUUGAAUGAAGGAACUUUCAAUAAUCUUGUAGAAUAUGCGUAGAUUUGAUCUUCAGCAUCUAAAAAUAUGUGAAAUAGAAAGAACGACAAUAUCUUUUAUUAAUGUACCUACGUUAUAAGCAAAGGACCUGUGCGACAAUUCCCGGACUUUUUAGUCUGUUUAGUUAACACCGUAGUAACGUUUUCCAUAUAUAAAAAAUGCUCACCCUUCCAACUUUAAGCGCCCAGUGGGACGAGGGAUAGAAAGAGAAAGUCACAUGCUUGAGUACAUUUCAACCCAUGCGCAUUGCAUGCUUUUUUCGCAUAAAAAACAGUGGAGCGAUACAGGGCCACCAUGGCCCUCUUGUUUGAAAUGUUGGCAUUAUCACUUAGGUCAAAAAGGUGGUAAUAAGUAAAUGUAACUUUAAAGUUUGUUUGAAGAGUUUUUGAAAAAUGUAUACUCAAUUAAAGGUAUAAAUUUGAGAUAACAGUAUCCUCUUUGGUACUAAGACCUAAAAAGGCAGUAAAUUUACAUGUUCUUAUUUAUGUAUGCUAAUGAAAUUUUGUGUGUAUGCUUGCUUGUUAUUCAUAAAGAUCAUUCUGAAGAUCACAGUUUGUAUAUCUAUAAUAUUUUCACAAUAACGAAUGUUAGUCUUAAUUGACUCACAGUGAUGGCCACUAUUUUGAUAUUUGGCAAUGAGGCUUUACAAUUCUAUAAAAUGUUUGUUUUAUUAAAAAAAAUUACAACAUUUAAAAUGAAAGGCACACAUUUUCUUCCCCAGUCCAGAUCUAUUUCAGUUCUUCAUGUGUACUGAUUAACUUUCAUCCAGGCCAUCCAGUAAAGCCUCCUAAUGGUGCCAAGCUUGACAAGGACACCAGCUCCAGCAGUGAGUAGCAAGACAAGCUUGAAGGUCCCAAGCCCUUAGAAAAGCAGAGGGGGGAGGAACAUAUGCAAUUGAGAUGACAUCCACAAUGUUAAGAGCAGGACUCCAUCACCAUGCAGUCAUCACAACUGAAAUUAAUCACCAUGCAGUCAUCACAACUGAAAUUAAUCACCAUGCAGCCAUCAUAACAGGACUCUAUCACCAUGCAGUCAUCACAACAGGACUCCAUCACCAUGCAGUCAUCACAACAGAACUUCAUCAUCAUGCAGUCAUCAAAACAGGAAUCCAUCACAAUGCAGUCACCACAACAGGACUUCAUCAUCAUGCAGUGAUCACAACAGGACUCCAUCACCAUGCAGUCAUCACAACAGGACUUCAUCACCAUGCAGUCACCACAACAGGACUCCAUCACCAUGCAGUCAUCACAACAGGACUUCAUCACCAUGCAGUCACCACAAUAGGACUCCAUCACAAUGCAGUCACCACAACAGGUCUCCAUCACCAUGCAGUCAUCACAAUAGGACUUCAUCACAAUGCAGUCAUCACAACAGGACUCCAUCACAAUGCAGUCACCACAACAGGACUUCAUCACCAUGCAGUGAUAACAACAGGACUCCAUCACCAUGCAGUCAUCACAACAAGACUUCAUCACCAUGCAGUCACCACAACAGGACUCCAUCACCAUGCAGUCAUCACAACAGGACUUCAUCACCAUGCAGUCACCACAACAGGACUCCAUCACAAUGCAGUCACCACAACAGGUCUCCAUCACCAUGCAGUCAUCACAAUAGGACUCCAUCACAAUGCAGUCAUCACAACAGGACUCCAUCACAAUGCAGUCACCACAACUGGACUCCAUCACAAUGCAGUCACCACAACAGGAGUCCAUAACCAUGCAGUCAUCACAACAGGACUUCAUCACCAUGCAGUCACCACAACAGGACUCCAUCACCAUGCAGUCAUCACAACAGGACUUCAUCACCAUGCAGUCACCACAACAGGACUCCAUAACAAUGCAGUCACCACAGCAGGUCUCCAUCACCAUGCAGUCAUCACAAUAGGACUCCAUCACAAUGCAGUCAUCACAACAGGACUCCAUCACAAUGCAGUCACCACAACAGGACUCCAUCACAAUGCAGUCACCACAACAGGACUCCAUCACCAUGCCGUCAUCACAACAGGACUCCAUCACAAUGCAGUCAUCACAACAGGACUCCAUCACAAUGCAGUCACCACAACAGGACUCCAUCACAAUGCAGUCACCACAACAGGACUCCAUCACAAUGCAGUCACCACAACAGGACUCCAUCACCAUGCAGUCAUCACAAUAGGACUCCAUCACAAUGCAGUCACCACAACAGGACUUCAUCACCAUGCAGUUGUCACAACAGGACUUCAUCACCAUGCAGUCAUCACAACAGGACUUCAUCACCAUGCUGUCAUCACAACAGGACUUCAUCACCAUGCAGUCACCACAACAGGACUCCAUCACAAUGCAGUCACCACAACAGGACUUCAUCACCAUGCAGUGAUCACAACAGGACUCCAUCACCAUGCAGUCAUCACAACAUGACUUCAUCACCAUGCAGUCACCACAACAGGACUCCAUCACCAUGCAGUUAUCACAAUAGGACUCCAUCACAAUGCAGUCAUCACAACAGGACUCCAUCACAAUGCAGUCACCACAACUGGACUCCAUCACAAUGCAGUCACCACAACAGGAGUCCAUCACCAUGCAGUCAUCACAACAGGACUUCAUCACCAUGCAGUCACCACAACAGGACUCCAUCACCAUGCAGUCAUCACAACAGGACUUCAUCACCAUGCAGUCACCACAACAGGACUCCAUAACAAUGCAGUCACCACAGCAGGUCUCCAUCACCAUGCAGUCAUCACAAUAGGACUCCAUCACAAUGCAGUCAUCACAACAGGACUCCAUCACAAUGCAGUCACCACAACAGGACUCCAUCACAAUGCAGUCACCACAACAGGACUCCAUCACCAUGCAGUCAUCACAACAGGACUCCAUCACAAUGCAGUCAUCACAACAGGACUCCAUCACAAUGCAGUCACCACAACAGGACUCCAUCACAAUGCAGUCACCACAACAGGACUCCAUCACAAUGCAGUCACCACAACAGGACUCCAUCACCAUGCAGUCAUCACAAUAGGACUCCAUCACAAUGCAGUCACCACAACAGGACUUCAUCACCAUGCAGUUGUCACAACAGGACUUCAUCACCAUGCAGUCAUCACAACAGGACUUCAUCACCAUGCUGUCAUCACAACAGGACUUCAUCACCAUGCAGUCACCACAACAGGACUCCAUCACAAUGCAGUCACCACAACAGGACUUCAUCACCAUGCAGUGAUCACAACAGGACUCCAUCACCAUGCAGUCAUCACAACAUGACUUCAUCACCAUGCAGUCACCACAACAGGACUCCAUCACCAUGCAGUUAUCACAAUAGGACUCCAUCACAAUGCAGUCAUCACAACAGGACUCCAUCACAAUGCAGUCAUCACAAUAGGACUCCAUCACAAUGCAGUCAUCACAACAGAACUCCAUCACAAUGCAGUCACCACAACAGGACUCCAUCACAAUGCAGUCACCGCAACAGGACUCCAUUACCAUGCAGUCAUCACAAUAGGACUUCAUCACAAUGCAGUCACCACAACAGGACUUCAUCACCAUACAGUCUUCACAACAGGACUCCAUACCAACACAUUCAUCAAAACAGGACUACAUCACCAUGCGGCCAUCAUAACAGGACUUCAUCACCAUGCAGUCACCACAACAGGACUCCAUCACCAUGCAGUCAUCACAACAGGACUCCAUCACCAUGCAUUCAUCAAAACAGGACUCCAUCACCAUGCUGUCACCACAAGGACUCCAUCACCAUGCAGUCAUCACAACAGGACUCCAUCACAAUGCAGUCACCACAACAGGACUCCAUCACCAUGCUGUCACCACAACAGGACUACAUCACCAUGCGGCCAUCAUAACAGGACUCCAUCACCAUGCAGUCAUCACAACAGGACUCCAUCACCAUGCAGUCACCACAACAGGACUCCAUCACCAUGCAUUCAUCAAAACAGGACUCCAUCACCAUGCUGUCACCACAAGGACUCCAUCACCAGCAGUCAUCACAACAGGACUCCAUUACCACGCAUUCAUCAAAACAGGACUCCAUCACCAUGCAGUCACCACAACAGGACUCCAUUACCACGCAUUCAUCAAAACAGGACUCCAUCACCAUGCAGUCAUCUCAACAGGACUUCUUUUUCAUGCAAUGCUCAAAACAGGACUCCAUCACCAUGCAGUAUUCCGAAUAUAACUUAAUCACCCUUCUGUAAGCAUAAAAGAACCUUGACACCAUGCAGUCAUAAGAGCAGGACUUCAUCACCAUGCACUCCUCACAACAGGCAAUCAUUACAAAAGAGCUCCAUCACAAUGAAGUCAUCUCAGCAGGACUUUUAUCACCAUGCAGUCUUGACAAUUAGUACUUUAUCAUCAUGAAGUCAACAUAAUAGGCUUGUAUUACCAUGCAGCCACCUCAAAAGGGCUUCAUCGCCAUGCAGUCAUCACAACAGGGCUCCAUCACCAUGCAGUCAUCACAAUAGGACUCCAUCACAAGGCAGUCAUCACAAUAGGACCCAAUCACAAUGCAGUCAUCACAAUAGGACUUUAUCACCAUGCAGUCAUCACAAUAGGACUCCAUCACAAGGCAGUCAUCACAAUAGGACCCAAUCACCAUGCAGUCAUCACAACAGGACUUCAUCGCCAUGCAGUCACAACAACAGGGCUUCAUCACCAUGUAGUAAUUGUAAUAGGGUCUCCAUCACAAUGCAGUCAUCACAACUGAACUCCAUCAUUAGGCAGUUAUCCCAACAGGACUCAAUCACAAUACAGUUAUCACAACUGGACCCCAUCACCAUGCAGUCCUAACAACAGGACUCAAUCACCAUGCUUGUAACCACUACAGGACUUCAUCACCAUGCAGUCAUCACUACAGGACUUCCUCAACAUGCAGUCAUCACAACAGGACUCCAUCACCAUGCUUGUCAUCACAACAGGACUUCCUCACCAUGCAGUCAUCACAACAGGACUUCAUCACCAUGCAGUCACCACAACAGGACUCCAUCACAAUGCAGUCACCACAACAGGUCUCCAUCACCAUGCAGUCAUCACAAUAGGACUCCAUCACAAUGCAGUCAUCACAACAGGACUCCAUCACAAUGCAGUCACCACAACUGGACUCCAUCACAAUGCAGUCACCACAACAGGAGUCCAUCACCAUGCAGUCAUCACAACAGGACUUCAUCACCAUGCAGUCACCACAACAGGACUCCAUCACCAUGCAGUCAUCACAACAGGACUUCAUCACCAUGCAGUCACCACAACAGGACUCCAUAACAAUGCAGUCACCACAGCAGGUCUCCAUCACCAUGCAGUCAUCACAAUAGGACUCCAUCACAAUGCAGUCAUCACAACAGGACUCCAUCACAAUGCAGUCACCACAACAGGACUCCAUCACAAUGCAGUCACCACAACAGGACUCCAUCACCAUGCAGUCAUCACAACAGGACUCCAUCACAAUGCAGUCAUCACAACAGGACUCCAUCACAAUGCAGUCACCACAACAGGACUCCAUCACAAUGCAGUCACCACAACAGGACUCCAUCACAAUGCAGUCACCACAACAGGACUCCAUCACCAUGCAGUCAUCACAAUAGGACUCCAUCACAAUGCAGUCACCACAACAGGACUUCAUCACCAUGCAGUUGUCACAACAGGACUUCAUCACCAUGCAGUCAUCACAACAGGACUUCAUCACCAUGCUGUCAUCACAACAGGACUUCAUCACCAUGCAGUCACCACAACAGGACGCCAUCACAAUGCAGUCACCACAACAGGACUUCAUCACCAUGCAGUGAUCACAACAGGACUCCAUCACCAUGCAGUCAUCACAACAUGACUUCAUCACCAUGCAGUCACCACAACAGGACUCCAUCACCAUGCAGUUAUCACAAUAGGACUCCAUCACAAUGCAGUCAUCACAACAGGACUCCAUCACAAUGCAGUCAUCACAAUAGGACUCCAUCACAAUGCAGUCAUCACAACAGGACUCCAUCACAAUGCAGUCACCACAACAGGACUCCAUCGCAAUGCAGUCACCACAACAGGACUCCAUUACCAUGCAGUCAUCACAAUAGGACUCCAUCACAAUGCAGUCACCACAACAGGACUUCAUCACCAUACAGUCUUCACAACAGGACUCCAUACCAACACAUUCAUCAAAACAGGACUACAUCACCAUGCGGCCAUCAUAACAGGACUUCAUCACCAUGCAGUCACCACAACAGGACUCCAUCACCAUGCAGUCAUCACAACAGGACUCCAUCACCAUGCAUUCAUCAAAACAGGACUCCAUCACCAUGUUGUCACCACAAGGACUCCAUCACCAUGCAGUCAUCACAACAGGACUCCAUCACAAUGCAGUCACCACAACAGGACUCCAUCACCAUGCUGUCACCACAACAGGACUACAUCACCAUGCGGCCAUCAUAACAGGACUCCAUCACCAUGCAGUCAUCACAACAGGACUCCAUCACCAUGCAGUCACCACAACAGGACUCCAUCACCAUGCAUUCAUCAAAACAGGACUCCAUCACCAUGCUGUCACCACAAGGACUCCAUCACCAUGCAGUCAUCACAACAGGACUCCAUUACCACGCAUUCAUCAAAACAGGACUCCAUCACCAUGCAGUCACCACAACAGGACUCCAUUACCACGCAUUCAUCAAAACAGGACUCCAUCACCAUGCAGUCAUCUCAACAGGACUUCUUUUUCAUGCAAUGCUCAAAACAGGACUCCAUCACCAUGCAGUAUUCCGAAUAUAACUUAAUCACCCUUCUGUAAGCAUAAAAGAACCUUGAUACAUGCAGUCAUCAGAGCAGGACUUCAUCACCAUGCACUCCUCACAACAGGCAAUCAUUACAAAAGAGCUCCAUCACAAUGAAGUCAUCUCAGCAGGACUUUUAUCACCAUGCAGUCUUGACAAUUAGUACUUUAUCAUCAUGAAGUCAACAUAAUAGGCUUGUAUUACCAUGCAGCCACCUCAAAAGGGCUUCAUCGCCAUGCAGUCAUCACAACAGGGCUCCAUCACCAUGCAGUCAUCACAAUAGGACUCCAUCACAAGGCAGUCUUCACAAUAGGACCCAAUCACCAUGCAGUCAUCACAAUAGGACUUUAUCACCAUGCAGUCAUCACAAUAGGACUCCAUCACAAGGCAGUCAUCACAAUAGGACCCAAUCACCAUGCAGUCAUCACAACAGGACUUCAUCGCCAUGCAGUCACAACAACAGGGCUUCAUCACCAUGCAGUAAUUGUAAUAGGGUCUCCAUCACAAUGCAGUCAUCACAACUGAACUCCAUCAUUAGGCAGUUAUCCCAACAGGACUCAAUCACAAUACAGUUAUCACAACUGGACCCCAUCACCAUGCAGUCCUAACAACAGGACUCAAUCACCAUGCUUGUAACCACUACAGGACUUCAUCACCAUGCAGUCAUCACUACAGGACUUCCUCAACAUGCAGUCAUCACGACAGGACUCCAUCACCAUGCUUGUCAUCACAACAGGACUUCCUCACCAUGCAGUCAUCACAACAGGGUUCCAUCACCAUGCUUGUCACCACUCCAUAACUUCCUCACCAUGCAGUCAUCACAACAACACUGCAUCAAUGCGCAGUCAUCACAACAGGACUCAAUCAUUAUGCAGUCAUCUCAACAUGACUCAAUCACCAUGCAGUCAUCACAACAGGAAUCCAUCAUUAUGCAGUCAUCAAAACAGGACUUCAUCACCAUGCAGUCAUCUCAAAAGUACUCCAUGGCAACGCAGACAUCACAAUAAGACUUCAUUACCAGGCAAUAAUUACAAUAUAAAUCCAUCACCAUGCCGUAAUAAUACAAGGAAUUUGUUGCCAUGCUGUCCUCACAAGCGGACUCGAUUCCCAUGAAGUCAUCACAACUGGAAUCAAUCACCAUGCAGUCACCACAACAGGACUACAUUACCAUGCAUUCAUCACAAUAGAACUCAUUAACCAUCCAGUCAUCAAAACAGUACUCCAUCACCAUAUGCAGUCACCUGAACAGGAAUCCAUUACCAUGCAGUCACCACAACAGGACUCCGUAACCAUGCAGUCACCACAACAAGACUCCAUCACCAUGCAGUCACCACAACAAGACUCCAUCACCAUGCUGUCAUCAAAAUAGCACUCCAUCACGAUUAAGUCAUCAUUACAGGACUCCAUCAACAUGCCAUCAUCACAACAGGACUCCAUUAUC